ACAUUUAAACUUUUACACAAACCAUCUUUAGGGAAACAUUGGAACUUAUUUAGACAUUAUUGUUCCAUGAAGACCAUCGGUUUGGUGGUCUGGACCUUUUUGAAACCAUAAUUCCUUUGGCUUGAAACUAUUCUGGAGGAAAUCUAUGGCCCAAUGCUGCUGAGAGACUUUAAUUUAUGUAUGGGCUGUGAACCUAAGAAGGUGGAUGACUGGUCAGCAGAAGCAAGUGUGUCGCAUUGUUCGUUCUGUAACCUGCCAUUGGACAAACUCAGUGACCAAGUACCUGCAACUGUAUCACCUCUUUCCUCGCCCUCUGAUUACUCCCCUUGUCAAACCUCAACCACAUCUGAGAGCAGUCAAUCGGCACAUAAGUUCCUUCAAGCUGUUUUUCAUAAGAAAGAUGUGACCUUGGAUUGUGAUCCCAAGAUACCUUUGGUUGCUCAGGAGCUGAUGAAUAAAAUUAUUCAUCAGUUUGCUGAGGAGUAUGCAUCCAAGUGCCUGCUCCCUACCACCACAAAUGGCAUUACAAGACCCUCAUCUCCACUGUCAGAGACCUCAGAUGCUCCCCUGGAUCUCACAGUGAACAGGACAAAUUGUGUGUUAGAUCUCUCAAACCGGAACUCUGCAAGCUCUGCAAUAUCAACAUCCAAUCACAGCGCCUCAGGCUUCAGUCUGCCAUCUGUUACACAACGGGGAGUUGUGGGACAGCGAGAGACUAAGUUACACCAGCCUUCAACGUUGGAUGCCAUUCUACAUUCUCUCUGCUCAACACACAAGUCUUUACUCUACCAAAUCCUUAAAUUUGCUCUUCAGGAAAAAUUACCUCCAUUCCAUAAUCUUAGAUCAAUUGAUCACACUGAGUCUCAAUGUCGGCGUUGUGGUGUUAACCAAGAAGUAGAUUUAACAUCCCAUUACAUCCCUUUAAAUGAAUCUAACACCCCUAACUGCAAGAGAAUGACGGCAGCAGACUGUGUAAAGAUACCAAGAUUAAAGCAGCUCCAGCUCAGUUUGUCCAGAACAGAAGGAGAACGGAGUCCUUCCCCUCCUCAUCUUUUACCUAUCACCCAUGAUAGAAUCAGUAAAAACACACAUGGAAAGCCACCAUUGCUUACCAACCAAACUCACAGUGAGGAAGCUGAACCAAAUGUUAAAAACAGUCACAGUGGUCAUGACUACACUACCGCAGGUGUGGAUGCAGAUGCCGAGAUAGGACAUUAUCAGCCAGAACAGAACCCUGGGAGAAGUUUGCUGCAGGAUGUUGUCAGUCACUUCACUCAUAAAAUAGAGAGCAUUAAACCACUUGACAAAGAUUCAGUCUCGGCUCUCGGUAGUUCUGAACUGCCCAAGUAUUCAACCAUUCAAUCCUUCCAUCCUGAUGCCCAUCUAGAGGAAAUAAUCAGAACAGUGCUCCAUACAGGCAGUGCUAGUGAAGACAGUUUUAAUGAUCAGUUCAAUCUCCAUUGUAACAAAGAAUCAAAGUCACCUAAUACCCGUUCCCGUCGCAGGCGGGAAAUUCAGGAGGCCAUUGCCACACCUGCUGAUGAUGCUUGCGCCAGGAGGAAAAUUGUAGCAGAAAAACGGAAGCUUGCCACUUUUUGUCUGCCGUACAAUCGGGGGAAAGGCACCCCAUCAAAGAGAAUAAAGUUGAAAGAAGAGAAUUAUUCUCUAGAUACACCUAUCACUUCAUCUGAACAAGAUCUAAUUAAAGAAGCUUGUGGAAAAAAAGUCGCGAGAAUUAAACUGGUUAAGAAUCAUGAGAUUGCUAAGGGAACACCAUGCACAAUUUCUUCAAAAAGUGAAAGGGACAAAGCUGAGGAAGAGAUGAAGGCUAUGAUUGUAACAGAUAAACUACAGACAAUAAAAAAAGAGAGAAAAGAUGGGUUAACCAUUUCUAAAACUAAACAUCUUUAUGGACAACUCUGCCAAGAUGACGUCCAAACACAGACAGUAUCAGUGAAUCCCAUUUUAGUCACAGGUAGUGGAUGGAGCCGUGAAAACGCCACAGCUUGUAGUCCUGUGAAUGAGGGGAAUAACUGUAAGUUAGAUCAGUCUAGUGGAGUAAGGAAAUCCACGAGAAACAUCGUCCCUCCACCUCGUUUUUCUUCCUACUUCGUAAGCCAUGCUCCUGUUUAUAAUCCCUCACGUGUUGAAAUUAAAGGCACCCAGGAGAGUAAAGCAAAUCUUUAUACACAAAAAUGUAUAGGGAAUCUUACCUUUGAAUCAACGGCAGAGGAACCACCUGAACCAACAGGUACACAGUCCAAGGGUGAAUGCCAGAUAUCGCCGAAAACAUUUUCCAUUGAAAAAGAGCAUUAUAACAUGAACAGCCCUGUGAAAGAAAAGGAUAAUGUUGAUGGGUCUUCAUAUGGAAAGCUGCGGUCAUCUAAAAGGCUAAAAGCUUUGAAGAUGCUCCAAAAUUCACCAAAUGACUGCAGCCCACUGAACAAUAAAGUUCAGUAUGUCAGUCCAAUCAAGCUCAUGUACGUAUACCCAGUGAAGGACAAUGAAGGAGUAUAUAGUCUUAAAUCAGCAGAUUCUAAUUCACAAACAGAGGUGGCAUUUGACCCAUGUGUAGAGUCCUCAUGGUCAGGGACACCUCAGAAGAACAAAAGCCAAAGCAAGGAGCAUGCUGUUUCCCCCUUAAAGCAGAGUCCAUCACCAGCAAAAGCUGGUAUCUCACAUACAUCAUCACCGGCCAACUCACCAAAGCGUCAAACCUCGCCUAGGUCAACCGCGUCAUCACCUAAACCCAGUCCAAGAACAUCAGGUGGUGGUACUUUGUCCAGACGUUUAUCUGAAACCGAGGAUCAGCGAUCACCAUGUAAACUUUUGUUCCAGUGUGAAACAACUCCUCCAAAACGAAGGCCAGGUCGGCCAAGAAAGCUAGGACCACAGCUUGAACAAAAAGUAAAAAGGCCCAUUGGCAGACCUCGAAAGCAAAAGCAAGAAAAUAGUGUAGCAGGCUCCAAGUCACCAAUUGGAAAAUGUGCUACAACUGUCACUGAGGACAACAUCAAGAAGAACCUUAAAAUAACUGUUGUUUAUGGUCGUUCAAGGAGAAACAAGCGAGUCGUCUCCGAGGUUAUCGACCAUCUCCAAUCAGACUCCAAUAAUAGUUACCAAGCAGUGGAUAUUAAAAGUGAAUUGGGGAUUUUGCUGCACUGCUCUAGCAGUUCAGGUAUCAUGAAAUUAUUUCCAGAAGAAUUCAGUUUUGUAGGUCCUGCAAAGGAGCCCGAACCUCAGUCAGGCAGCACCAUCAAAACCCAGAAACAGAAUGAAUCUGCACCCUCCAGGAAACCAGGAAGACCUGCAAAAAUUAAGAUCUCUGGAAUCUCUGUCACGGUCACUGCCACAUCACCUCGUCAACGCCAAAUUCAGAUAAAUAGAGAGACACGGAUAUCGCCUAAAAAGCAACUUUCUCAAAACAAAAUUCCACCAGAAUCUGCAAAAGAGCUUUGCAAAAGCAACACCCAGUUACCAAUCACAAGUAAUCAAACUGACUUGAUGGAAACAAAAAAUGGAAAGGAACAUAAACUGCCAAAUCAGAAUGUAGCACUGCGCCACUCAGAAAGGGAGAGGAAACCCUCCAUACACUUUCUACAUGCUGUUGCUACCUCUUCAUACAAGUGCAGUAAUGCACUGUUGCGGCGUUCCAAGCAGCAUCUUAUAAAUAAGACUAGCAAUGAAAGGAGACAGGAGGACAAACAAGGACGUGCAGAAACUAAGCUACUGAAAAGACGGCCCUGUAAGAGGGAGAGAGAGAAAAUCACUCAAGAUCUGAACAAAGUUUCAAAGGUGUCAUUAGAUUCAAUCUUCAGCCCAAGAAAGCCAGUGCUUUGGUGGGCAGCAUCAGCUAAAGAAAAGCCAAUGAAUCAAGAGCUUGCUAGACGGAUAAGAGUAAUCUCUGAUACCUGGGUAGCCAAUGCUGCCAACGACCGAGACAAAGUUGUCCAUAAUUCAAAUCUAGACUCUAAUACAAAAAGCCCAGAUACCAAUAAAUCUAAAGAGUCCUCUGUGGUCCGAGCACUGUUUGAUUGUCCACCCAAUGAACCCAGGUCCUGUAGCAUGCAGCAGAUUUGUUCCUGGUUUAUGCAGACCACAGAGACACAGUCUCUGGCUAUUAAGAAAGCGAGCUCCCCUAAUCCUUUUGAAAUCAUGCACUUUCCUCGUUCUGCCAAUAAAAACACUGUUUGCAACAGUCCUCAGGCAGAGCGACUCCGCAAACACCUAAAAAAGUUUGCCAAGACCAUUCCAAAAACUCCUCUGCAGCAUCAGCAGGCUCAGCUACACCAGAUGAAAAAGCAAAAGGCUUAUCUGAGACGUCGAAGACUGUUUGCAAUGGGCAAGCUCAAUCGAGGAGUCAUGUGGAGAUCUAGCUUGUCUGCUCAAUUUUGGGCCAUUUUGUUUAGAAUGAGAAGAAGGUUCCUGGCUCUAAAAGAAAAGAUGAGAUUGAAAAAUUGUAAAGGUAAAAAGAUAAACAAAAGAAAAAUGGUGUACUCAAACAGACCGAUAGCAACUGUCCGGCAGUCAAAUCAAGAAGCAUUACACAGAUCAGUGAAAAGGCAGCUGUCUGAAUCUCUUCAGAAAAGCUUUACCUGUGCUGUCGAUCAAACCUUGAAGCAUGCGGUUGUCAACAAAGAGCAGAAGCUCUCCUCAAAAGCCUGGAGUCCCGAGAAGCUAAAGGAAUGCCGCGUGUUUCUGAGAAAGAUCAACUCUCCAGACAAUGAGUCAACGGAAGGGGACUCCUGCACUGUUACACUGGAUAACGGCUCACUUUCUACGGACAUUUUUGAAGGAAAGGAGAAGGACCUGGAAGGAGUUGAUAAAGCUGUGAGAAAUGAGAGAAAAAGCUCGAACAGCAAGACUUGCUCAAGAAAGCUGUCCAACUCUGCACUUGUGUCUGUGCUAAAAGGGAAGCAGAGGGGUAAACAAAAACAAUCUGGGGAAAUAUCCCCAGCAAUAGUUCAACCCCCACCACCAGCAAAAGUGUUGAGACAAUCGCGAGUGAGAGGCUUCACUGGGCCGAGAUGGUGCGACUAUGUGUUCGAAAUUAGCCCUAAAUGAAGCAAGGGGCCUCCUCUUCCUGGGAAGGCGGCUAUGGUUUUAACCUGGUGCCUUCAGACGUCAUGCUGUCUACAUGGACUGACCCCCUCACUAUGGUUCAGUCUUACACCCAGCAAUCUUUAGCUGUCUAACUUGAGGGGAAAAAAAAAAAAAAAAAGCUUGAUGUUGCACUAUUUUUAUCUAUGGAUA